AACCCACUAUAUGUCGGUAGUUCAGAUAAAGUAUUUUCCUGGUUGUUAAAACCACGUUAACAAAACGUCUUUGUACAACCAUCAUACAAUCUGACCAUGAUGACAUAAAAUACAUCAUAUUGACGACAGUGCAACCAGUUUUGCCAACUGGCAUAUAGCUAACACUCAUUGUUUGUAGGUUAAUAACUACUACAUAACAAAAACAUGUUGUUCUGCCUUAUCUCUUCCAAGUAAAUCAGGCAGCAUAACCGACCACUAUGCUUUUAGCCUUCCAGGUCCUGGGUCUGUCUUUAGGGGUGAUGGGCUGGUGUCUGGAGAACAGCGGCACUAGUUCCCAUUCCUGGAGGGUCCACAGCCACUCUCAGACUGUCACAACCAACAACUGGCAGUUUGAGGGCCUGUGGAUGACCUGCGCAGCCAAGACUCUGGGCUCUGUGCAGUGCCAGAGAUACAAGACUGUACUGGAGCUACCAGUUGAGAGACACAUACAGGAAUGUCGAGCCCUGAUGAUCAUCGCUCUGCUCCUGGGUCUAGCGUCCAUCAUUGUGUCAGUGCGGGGGCUGAAAUGCACAGAGAUCGGCAGCACUUCUGAACAGGCCACGGGCAAAAUCAUUCUGUCCGGCGGCAGCUUGUUCAUCUUAUCAGGUCUUUCCACCUUGACUGCUGUGUCAUGGUACGCUGCGUGGGUGGUGCAGGAGUUCCUUGAUCCAUUCCUUGCAGGAGUAAGGUUUGAGCUGGGUACAGGUCUAUACAGGUCGGCCAUUCUAGGUGGGGUCAUGCUCUGCUGUUCCUGUAAGAGAGGUCCACCAGCACCACCAACAGGGGGAUAUUCAUACAACUACUCAAAAACUAGCCGUGGACAACAGGUCUACAGGGCAGCACCUGUGUCCGUCGGGGAGUUAAAAAAAAAAUGUUGUUUGUUUGUAUGUUUCCGUUUAUUACUUCAGUAAAGUGUAAUUUUACUGGUUUGCAUUUGCUGUUAUAUUUUUGUUGUUUUGUUUUUGUCUUCUUGAGUUGCGUGAGUCACUGUGAAUAUUAAUGCAAUGUUUAUUACUUUGAAAUGUUUCGAAAAUAAAACUAUUUCUCUAUGGAU